AUGUUGGUGAAAAGAGGAAAUGAUGACGAACUCACUGUUUUAAUCGACAAGAUGGUCGACGACUUGUCUUCAACGUCGUCAAGGGCAAUUCCGUCAAUUCACAGGGUGGGAGACAAUCUCCGAAGCAUCAACGAGAAGGCCUACGAUCCGAUGGCCGUGGCGAUAGGACCGAUCCACCGCGACAAGCCCCACCUUAAGAGCAUGGACCACCAGAAGAAAAAGUACAAUGAAGACGACGAACGAAAACUAACGAACAAGGACAAGGACGAAGACAUCAUUUUCCGGUUCGACAACAUUAAAAACUACGUGCUUAACGACCUCGUGUUGUUCGAGAAUCAAAUCCCGUUUUUCGUCCUCGAAAAGCUUCUCCAACUAUCAAAGACCCGCGACAAAAACGAAGCAGCCAAUUUGUUCUGGCCUUUAGUAUCAACAAGUGCACAAAAAUCAUUACAAGAUUGUAGUAUUACGAAUAGUAAUAAUCCUCCUCCACAUCUCCUUGGCUUCGUACACUACGUCGAAAGUUUGCAGUUUUCUCCGAAUCUUUACGCAUAUAACAAAAUGAACAUAAACUCCGCCACGGAGCUGAACGAAGCGAAACUUAAUUGCGUACGAGCAAUGUCUCCCAGUAACCAAAGGAAGUUCACGGAUUACAUGUAUUUCAUGCAUUGUUUGAUCCACGAACCGAGGGACGCUAAGCUGCUGCGGCGGUGCGGGGUUAUAAGCACGUGGGUCAAAGGGGAUGAGAUGGUGUACCAUUUGAUCAAACAAAUGGGGAAUAAUGUACAACCUUCGGUCAUGUUUUCGUACGGUGAUGUUUUUGAGGGAGUUAAUCGUCAUUGUAUUAAUCGGAAGAACACGUGGAUGGCUGUAUUGAGACAGGAUUAUUUUGAUAGCCCGUGGAAAGUGAUUUCACUUGUUGCCGGUUUUGUGUUGCUUGGAGUUGGUAUAGUUCAAAUGGUGUUCGCCAUUCUCUCAUAUUACUGA